AUCAGAGUCAUUCUAGAAACAUCUGACGUUUUCUCAAAGGUGCCAUUAGAACAUUUGGUAAAAUCAAAAUGAAGGUAGCGGUAGCUGUCCUCUGUUUGUGCGUCGCUGUUGUAGUGAGGAGUCAGUCGACUUUGAAGCCGGCUGGGAGCGUUCCUCUGAAUGGUCAGUGUUCCCAUCAGAGUGACUGUGCUCAGGAUCUAUGUUGUGUCCACGGUGGGUUUGGUAUAGGCAAGAAGAAGAGGUUCCUAUUUGAGGGACAAUCUGGUGGUUCUAUCUUCGGCAACGACCAUGACCAUGGUUACUGCCACCCAUCACGAGUGUUGAACGAGACAUGUAUGCCUUUCCUAUCUCAUGACAUCUUCAACCACGAACUUUACCAGACAUACUGCCCUUGUGAGAAGGGACUGGAAUGUCGGGGAGAACAAGUUGACGAGGGACCACACAGCAUCUCUCACAGGAACCCUAAAUGUCAGGCCCAGGAAAACUAGACGUGGUUUUGUUAUAGCAAUAAUAUUAAAAUCAUAACAUAUA